UCUUUGUGCUGGAGAAGCCCGAGAUGCUGGAGGUCCUGCUGAAGGAGGGCUUCAGCCCCGAGCCCCAGGCCGGCUGGGAAAACUGGGAAUACGAGCAUGAUUACGACGCAGAUUCCCCGCUGGGCCUGGUCCUGUACUACAUGGUGGCCGAGCCAGGGUUGAAUCAUAGUCGGUGCAUGAGCCUCCUGAUGCAGGCGGGGGCGCCCCUGACAGAGGAGUGCUGGCGGUUGAGUCUAUCGGACCGUGCGUGCUGGACCUGCUGCUGGCCCAGAGGUGUGAGGACCAGGGGAAGGGCCCCGGGAGGAGGACGCCACGGAGGCGGCUCCUGGCUCCCGGCCUUGCUGGAGAGUGGGCUGGACCCCAACGCUCUGCUGGUGCCCGCCUUUCUGGAGGAAGCCCCCAGCGAGGCGCUCACCUACCUCCUAGAGAUGGUGGACCGGUCCACUCUGGGCCGGCUGCUGAGAGACGUCCUGGAGCAGCGGCAGAAGAUGAAGACCUGGACGCCUCCCGCUCACCUCGAGUGGGUGCCCCCGCUCUUCCACCUGUGUCGGCUGCGGCUGCGGGCCCCACCUGGGUCCAGACGUGCUGAUGAGGAGCCUGGCGGUGACCCAGCUGCCCGUUCCUCUUCUUCUCCACGACCACCUGCUGUUUGCAGACAUCAAAGCACCAGGGGACCCCCACUCAGGAUCACCGUCCGACUAAAAACUGGUUCGGUCCGGUUUGGUUAUCCGAUCGAAGUGUUCUUAUCUUAUAAUAUAGUGUAAUCUGUUGGGUUUGUGUAUAUAAUGUUAAAAAGGGCUUUUGGUUCAUCUUGUGUGUUAAUAAUAAAUGUGAUAAUUAUUUAUAAAAAAGAAAACGUUCUGCCUCAAGAAAAAUGUAAUGUUAAAAUGUAAACGAUAAACAGGACUGUAUUUCUAUCGAUCCAGAGUAUACUUUGCACUGCUGAUUCACUUUCAAUAAAUAAUCUGUUCAGUAAA